AUGAGCGGCAGGCUCGUCGCGGGCCGCCUUCCCGUCCUCGCUCGCCGUUCACCGCUCCUCACACCACGAUUCUACACCACCCACUCACUCCCUGCCGGCGGUCUUUUACGCAAUGAAGCCGGCCUUCGACUGGUAAAACGGCGGCCGUGGCCACUGGGGAGCUACGCGCUGCACAACUUGCCCGCCACGCGAUCAAUAUCUUUUGCGAGAGUCAUACCCAAACUCGUAGGCAAGUUUGCGACUGUGGGUGCCGCCACCGGAGGGGCUAUUAUCGCCGGAGCCUCAUAUAUUCAGUACCAGGCCGGCCAGGCUGGCACCUUUGCACUUGAUCUCUUCAACCGAACCAAAGACGGCGCCACGGAGCUGGCCGGCGGGGCCCUCAGCACAGCGAAUGGAUUUUUCGACCAGAUAGAAAAGGGCUUCAAGUCGACCAAGGACGAGCUUGAAAACGUGCAGUACCCGGAAUGGCUGCAACGGAUACUAUCCAAGGAUGAAUCUAGUGGCUCAGGGGGCAACGGUAGUGGGGGUCCAAGAGAACCUAAGCACGGCGGCUCUGGUGGUGCUGCAGCAGCUGGCGCAUCAGGCGCUGCCGCCUUUGGAUACUCGCAAGAUGACGACGAUGAUGAGGAUAGGCCGCAGGCCGAAAAGAUUGCGCGAGACGAGCAGAUGAUGAUGCUCACCAAGAAGAUGAUCGAGAUACGGGGAUUGCUGCAGACGGUCGGACAAUCCGAAUCGCUCACGCUGCCGUCGAUUGUCGUCAUUGGAUCCCAGUCUUCAGGAAAAAGCUCAGUACUCGAGGCUAUUGUUGGUCAUGAGUUCCUCCCCAAGGGGCACAACAUGGUUACACGACGACCAAUCGAGCUUACCCUCGUCAAUACCCCAGAUGCGCGCGCAGAGUACUGCGAGUUCCCGGCCAUUGGCCUGGGCAAAGUGACAGACUUUGGCCAGGUUCAGAAGACACUGACAGACCUGAACAUGGCUGUGCCUGCCAGCGACUGUGUGUCGGACGACCCUAUCCAGCUUAGGAUCUACUCGCCAAACGUGCCAGACCUCUCGUUGAUCGAUCUGCCGGGAUACAUUCAGGUUACUGGCCGAGAUCAGCCCCCGCAGCUCAAGGAGAAGAUUGCCCAGCUCUGUGAAAAGUAUAUUAGACCACCUAAUGUCAUUCUCGCCAUCUCAGCAGCAGACGUGGAUCUAGCAAACAGCACGGCGCUGCGAGCAUCAAGGAGAAUGGAUCCCAGGGGCGAGCGGACCAUUGGUGUCAUUACAAAGAUGGAUCUUGUAGACCCCGAGCGUGGAGCUAGCCUACUAAACGAUCAGAAGUAUGCUCUUCGCCUGGGAUACGUUGGCGUGGUAUGCCGUGUACCGCCCGGCGCAGGCGGCUCUAAGCUCUUCAGUCGCGGCAAUGGCAACAUUUCGAACGCCAUCAUCAAGAACGAGCAUGCGUACUUUUCAUCGCACCCCGAGUUCUCGGAACGAUCGGACCUUGCUAUAGGUACUCAAAACCUCAAGAAGAAGCUCAUGCACGUGCUUGAGCAGACAAUGGCUGGCAGUCUUAAGACGACUAGUGAGGCUAUCCAAAGAGAGCUCGAAGAGGCAAGAUACGAGUACAAGGUACAGUACAAUGAACGACCAAUCAGUGCCGAGUCGUACCUUGCCGAGUCACUGGACGCCUUCAAGCACUCAUUCCGCGGUUUCACGGAACAAUUUGGUCGGCCGCAAGUUCGCGAGCUGCUCAAGCACGAGCUGGACCAGCAAGUACUCAACAUACUUGCACAGCGCUACUGGAACAGGCCUUUUGAAGACCUCAACGCCCCCUUUCCGGAAACCGACCCUCUCAGCAACCUUGUCAAGGCAGACAUAGAUGGGGAGGAUCAGAUUUGGAAGAUUAAGCUCGACAGCUCCAGUGCUGCCCUGACAAAGCUCGGUGUCGGACGCCUGGCUACCAACGUUGUUGCAGGCGCACUCCAGGCGCAUGUUGAUCGUCUCAUUACAAACUCGCGCUUUGCCGCGCACCCGUUUGCCCGACAAGCCAUUACGGACGCAUCAAAUUCUAUACUCAAGGACCUUUCCUACGACAUUUCUGACGAGCUGGAGAUUUGCAUCAAGCCCUACAAAUACCGGAUUGAAGUUGAGGAUGGCGAGUGGGCGAAGGGCCGUGAGAAUGUAACUGCCGUACUCAAAGAAGAACUCAAGGUUGUCGAGGCUACCGUCAAGCAGCUCGAGGACCAAGUUGGCGGACGCAAGAAGGUGCGGGAUGUCAUGACUUUUAUUGACCGCGUGCGAAGCGGACAGGUUAUGCUAGAGGGCGAUGGCGUUGGUGGUGCAGGUGGCUUCAGCUCUGCACUUCUGGCAAAGGGCCGUGAAGCAGUCUUCCUCCGAGACCGUAUCGACGUGCUCAAGCUCCGGCUCAUGGCAGUCAAGAGCAAGCAGUGUGCAACCAAGAAGAACAAGUACCACUGCCCUGAAGUGUUCCUGGAUGCCGUCGCAGACAAGCUCACGACGACGGCCGAUCUAUUCCUCGACGCGGAGCUGCUCUCCAAGUUUUACUACAUUUUCCCCCGUGAACUCGACGCGCGCCUAGGCCGCGGCCUCUCGCAGGAAGAAAUCGACCGCUUUGCAAAGGAAGACCCCAAGAUCAAACGCCAUCUCGAUGUCGUGCGCCGCAAGGAGCUGCUCGAGCAUGUGCUCAAGGAGAUGGAGGGCCUGCGCCAACUGGAGCAGCGCGAAAAACGCAUGAUGGGACGUCGUGAGGAGAGGGAGCGCGAGAGGGGUGAUCGCGAUCGUGAUCGCGAUCGUAGGAAGAAGGGUUGGAGCAUGUUUUGAGCCUUCUCUUUGCCCUUUUCUCUCUCUUUUUCCCCUCUCUCUUUUUCUCUCUUCUCCCUCGUUUUUUUUCAUGGCUUUUUGGAUUGAUUGAUUGAUGGAUGGAUGGAUUGAUUGAUGGGUUCGGGCUUCUGCACUUGGCAAAAGUUUGGGUUGAGUUGAGUUGAGUCGAGUUGGAAUGCAGCGGCAGAUGAAAGAUGAAAGAUGAAAGAUAAAGAUGUUUUGGCGGCCGGCUGGUUUAGAGAUUCACACACACACACACACACAUCAUGAUGGGCUACAAUGAUGAUGAUGAUGAUGAUGAUGAAGAUUAUGGGUGAGGAAUGAAUCCGC